AAAAUUUGAAGUGAAACUCUCUUGCACUCAACAAAAUCAAGGAGCAAAAGAAUGGCAGAUUUGUAAAUUCAACCACAUUCAAAGAAGAUAUUCGAGGAAUAGAGAAGAGAACGAAAGGCACAUGUGUAUUAACAUGUGGCAACGGUUUUUUCUGUAAGCAGACAUUUUUUUUUCCGAGAAGAUUUUUCUUUUCUGUUACUUCCAAGAAACCAAAACCUUCAAAACGCCUACACAAUCAAGACUUGUAGCAACACCUUCUCAUUUCUCACGUUAACAUCUAUAAAGCACAAACAAGAAAGCAGUGUUCUUCCCCUCUGCCAAUCUUUUUGUUUCUUGUAGUGUAAAGUAGUUGAUGGCUCAAUUUACAGCACAUGGUCGCUUGAAGUUCCCGUUUAACAAUGAUGGGGCUAGCUGGAAACUUCUUGGGAAUGAUUUUGUUGGUGGGUUGAGAUCAUUUCAGAGUCAGAAGAGAAAAAUCAGGUUUCUCGGUACUAGUGGUACAAGGUUAUAUGCUGCUUCUUCAUUGAGCAAGAAACCCAAGCAUUUUUACACUGAGGCAAGUCAAAGUGUUAGCGAGGUUAAUGAUGAUAGUGAAGAAGAUUAUGAGAGGGAUGAAUUAGCUUGCUUUAGAGGCCUUGUCUUGGAUAUCUCUUACAGGCCAGUCAAUGUUGUGUGCUGGAGGCGUGCUAUAUGUUUGGAAUUCAUGGAGAAGGCUGAUGUACUAGAAUAUUAUGAUCAGGCUGUAAAUUCCCCAAGCGGAUCCUUUUACAUACCAGCUGUAUUAAGGGUUCCACAUCUACUACAGGUCGUUAAGAGAAGAAGAAUCAAAAGCAACCUUAGUCGCAAGAAUAUACUUUAUAGGGACAACUUUACUUGUCAGUAUUGUUCUUCUCGCGAGAACUUGACCAUUGACCAUGUUCUGCCAACUGCACGAGGAGGUGAAUGGAAAUGGGAAAAUCUGGUUGCUGCUUGUGCCAAAUGCAACUCAAAGAAGGGUCAAAAAACUCCAGAGGAAGCAAACAUGAAGCUGAGUAAGGUCCCUAAGGCCCCUAAAGAUUAUGACAUACUUGCCAUACCCUUAACAAGUGCAGCAAUAAGGAUGCUGAGGAUGAGAAAGGGAAUGCCUGAAGAGUGGCAACAAUAUCUAGCGAGGCCAUCAUCAGAGCCAUGACAUAUAUUCCACGUUGAAGUUGUACAUUCUCAUGCUCAGUACAUAUGAUUUUUCAAGCUCUUGGUGCCCAAAUCUUAUAGAUGUAUUCUGAUGCAAAUGUGAAUUGCUUAGAUUUUCUUUCUUUUGCCUCUUAUGUACUGGAUAAACUCAUGGAAACGAGACACUUAUCUAACACAGCACCUUUAGUAUUGUGGUAGGCUCUUGUCAUUUCAAAUCCAAAUUAUACUGGUAUAAUGCCUCUAAGUUUGAUCAAACGUUGAUGGUCUUGGAUGGUUUUCUUCCAGUUCUCCUUUAUACGAUGAUUAUUUGGCAAA